UGACGCAGUGGGAGAAAAACAGUCUGAGUUCUGGAAACAAGAAAAGGCUGGAACCAGGGGCCAAGAUCAAGAUGAAAACAGACCUCACUUUUUCUUCCUCACCUGGACGCUUGUCUUCCAAGAAGAAUAAAGCAGUGGGAAAAAAACCCAGUCUGAGCUCUAGAAACAAGAAAAGGCUGGAACCAAAGGCCAAGAUGGAAACAGACCUCACUGUGUCUUCUUCUCCCGGACGCUUGUCUUCCAGGAAGAAGAAGUCCCCGGCACGAGCUGCCUUUCUAGAACAUUUCAGUGAGACUUCCUCUGAGAGUGAGGAAGAAGAGCAGCCAUAUUCCAAUCCAAAGAGUAACACAACCCAAACUCCUGACUUCUGGAAGAUCCAGAAACGAUUAAAUUACCUGCGGGAAGCUGACCAGAGAGGCACUGUGCUUGUUCUUGUUGACCUGAUGGACUUUGAUUUAGCCAGUGAUUUUGGAGGCCUUCAAAUCCUCCUGAACUUGUUGGAUACAUCUGAGGUCAGAUGCAAAAUUGGGUCUCUAAAAAUUCUGAGAAAAAUCAGCCUCAACAAGCAAACCCAGCAGAGCAUCGUACGCAUAGGAGGCCUGCAGAACUUGGUGAAGAAUCUGGACGCACGAGAAAACCAGCUGAAGGCGUUAGCCGCUGAGACCAUCGCUAACGUGGCUCAGUUCCGCAGAGCGAGAAGAACUGUCAGACACUGCGGUGGCAUCAAAAAACUGGUAAAGCUGCUAGACUGCAUCCCUAAUUCAGCCAAGCCUAAUGCAAACCUGAGUAUGGACAUGGAGGUGGUUCGCUGUGGGGUCUUAGCUCUGUGGAGCUGCAGCAAGAGUACCAAAAACAAGAAGGCCAUUCUGCAAGCCGGGGCCRUCCCUCUGCUGGGACGCCUGCUAAAAUCUCCACAUGAGAGCAUGCUGAUCCCUGUUGUGGGCACCCUGCAGGAAUGUGCCACAGAGGAAAAGGUCAGGACUGCCAUAAUUACUGAAGGCAUGAUGAAGGACUUGGUGAAAAUCCUGAGCCGGGACAAUGAUGAGCUACAGAUGCAUUGUGCCAGUGCAAUCUUYAAGUGUUUGGAGGACAAAAAAACCUGUGAGCUGGUGUGCAAAUACAAAGGCCUGCAUCCUCUGGUCUUACUGCUCAGGAAAUCAGACAACAAGCAGCUCCUGGCUGCUGCCACUGGAGCCAUUUGGAAGUGUUCGAACAGCAUGGAGAACAUGAUGAUCUUUCAGGAGUACAACACUCUAGAGACUCUGGUUGGUCUGCUUCCUGAUCAGCCUGAUGAAGUGCUGGUCAAUGUAGUGGGAGCUCUGGCACAAUUCGCUCAGAUUGCAGCUAACAGGGCCGCUAUCUGCAAGGGUGGAGGCAUCAAGCUGCUAGUUCAGCUGCUCAACAAUUUAAACGAGACUCUGCUUGUGAAUGUAACCAAGGCUGUUGGAGCAUGUGCCGAAGACAAGAACAGCAUGGCCUUGGCAUUCCUCACUGAACUCGGGGUCGUCCCACUGCUGUCCAAGCUGACUAAAACAACUGAUGACAGGCUUCGAUGCUACCUAGCUGAAGCCAUCGGCCACUGCAGCAUGACGGACACCAACAGGGCAUCCUUUGGUGAGACCGGAGCUGUUGCCACUUUAGUAAACUUCCUGAAGUCCAAAGACCGGUCGGUCCAUCAGACCACAGCCAUGGCUCUGUACCAUCUGUCCAAGAAUGUCAACAACAUCAUYAUCAUGCACAAGAGAGGAGCGGUCCAGAUGAUGUGGUCCUAUUGGCUUCAUCAGAUCGUGAUCUCCAGCUCUCACUGGAGCUGUUCGCAUCCAAGUGUGAAGAGGCUGGGAUGAGGAUCACUGCCUCCAAAUCCAAGACCAUGGUCUUGAGUCGGAAAAGGGUUGGGUGCCUUGUCUGGGUCGGGGAGGAGGUCCUGCCCCAAGUGGAGGAGUUUAAGUAUCUCGGGAUCUUGUUCACGAAUGAGGGAAGA